AAACGCCAUUAGAGUCUUGUGUGUGUUAAUAAUGAAUCUCAAAACAAAACUUUUUUGUUUGUUUGUUUUGGAAUUAGGGUUUUAGGGUAUAUUCGCAAUCACUCUAAUCGGAUAAUUCCUCUACUCUGUUAACAUUAUCUUCUUCUUCGUUCCUACCGCAAAUGGCGGGUUUCUCACUGUACUGUUUUAAAAACCCUCGAAUUCUCUUUACUCUUCCGUCGGAAUCACCUCUCUUUGUUUUGGGUUCUGAUAAAUGUUCACCGGCGACGAGACGGCCGAGUAGAAAGACUCGUGGGUUUGUCGUGACGUACGCGCACUCUAAUCCGAAGAUAAUCAAUCCGAAGAAGAAGUCGAGGUAUGGGCAAACGUUAUCUCCAUAUGACAGUGAUGAAGAUGAUGAUGAUGAUGAUGAUGAUGAUGAUGAUGACUGGUUACUUAAUGAUGAUUUCGCUGAGGUUACAGAGUAUGAGAAGAAGAAGCCUAAGUCACAUAAGCAAACCAUUGCUAAGAAAAGUUUGUCUUCUCUUGAUUUGAAUCUGCAUCUGCAAUGAAAUGAUUUUGCUAAGAUGUGGCUUUGUUUGUGAAGGUGUGAAGAAAGGGAUUGUCAAGCCUGAAGAAAGUGAGACUGAUGAAGAUGAUCUUGAUUUAGGCAUUAGUCCUAAUGCCACUUCUGAGAAGAAGAAGGAGUCUUGGCGUUUAGAUGGUCGAGGAAAGAUGAGUUCGAGGAAGUAUGUGGAGAAACUAUACCCUCGGCUCGCAGAAGAGAUUGAUAUAGAUCCGAAAUGUGUACCACUUCUGGAUUACUUAAGCACAUUUGGUUUGAAAGAGUCACACUUUGUUCAAAUGUACGAGAGACACAUGCCAUCCCUUCAGAUUAAUGUGUUCUCAGCUCAAGAGAGACUCGAUUACUUGUUGAGUGUCGGUGUUAAACACAGAGAUAUCAAGAGAAUGCUCUUGAGACAACCACAGAUACUUCAAUACACUGUUGAGAACAAUCUCAAAGCUCACAUUUCCUUUCUAAUGGGUCUUGGCAUUCCUAAUUCCAAAAUAGGACAGAUUGUUGCUGCUACCCCUUCUCUCUUCUCUUACAGUGUAGAGAAUUCAUUGAGACCUACGAUAAGGUAUCUGAUCGAAGAGGUUGGGAUAAAGGAAACCGAUGUUGGAAAGGUUGUGCAACUUAGCCCUCAGAUUCUGGUUCAGCGGCUCGACAUAACAUGGAACACUCGCUACAUGUUCCUCUCCAAGGAGUUAGGAGCACCUAGAGACAGCGUAGUGAAGAUGGUAAAGAAGCAUCCGCAGCUUCUUCACUACAGUAUCGAUGACGGGUUCUUGCCUCGAAUCAAUUUCCUUAGGAGCAUUGGGAUGUGCAAUUCUGAUAUACUGAAAGUCUUGACUAGCCUUACACAGGUUUUGUCUCUUUCACUAGAAGAUAAUCUAAAACCUAAGUACAUGUAUUUGGUCAAUGAGCUCAAUAAUGAAGUUCACAUUCUGACCAAAUACCCAAUGUACUUGAGCUUGUCCUUGGAUCAAAGGAUACGUCCGCGCCACCGCUUCUUGGUUGAGUUAAAGAAAGUGCGGAAAGGGCCAUUCCCUCUUAGUUCAUUAGUUCCAAAUGAUGAAAGCUUUUGUCAGCAAUGGGCUGGAACCAGUGUAGAUACGUAUCUCGCCUUUCGCCAGAGGCUGUUACUCAAGGAGUUUGCAAACAAGUAUGACAAGAGAGGAUGAUGAUGGGAAUCUCUUCUUCUUGAUUACCGACAAUAAGUCAACACUUUGGUUAGUUUCCUGCUUCAAAUCCGGUAAAAGAGGUUCAUAUGCAGAACCUGUGAAUGACUCAUUAACUUCUGGUGAAACGCGAGAUACUGCAAAGAUUGAACUUUUUCAGGAAAGUAACUCCAGAGAAGCCGGCUUGGCACAGACAUCAUAUUUGUUUACCAGAUGAGAGUUUCCUCAAUCUUUUCCAGGUUUUGUCUACAUUUUAAGUUCUGCUAUGUCUUGUGGUAAAGUUUUACUCUCUUUUUCUCCUCUUCUUUCUAAUGAAUCAUGGAGAAGAGAAAAGAAUCCAUGUGUAGUAUUUUUUGGCCUAGUAUAUAUAUACUUAAUACUAAUAAGAGCAUCUUAUAAAGGUAUUGUUUGUUAUGUUUGAUCCUUCUACGGACAAGACGUUGGAAGAAAGAUUUUUAAGUUAUGUAGAUUGAGUUUCUUUGUGUGCUUCUUUACUUUAUACUCUAUAUAAACAUUGUGUCUUCAAUAAUUUCUUUGUUAAUUUUAAUUUUUUUGGUAA